AUGUUUAAUCUUAGAGGUUGGUAUGAUUGCAGGUCUAACUCUGGAAAGCUCUCUGAUGUGGAUGUCCAAGAAACACAUUUGCAAAGGAGAAUAAGCAAGCUCUCUUUGGACAGGCAGUCCCAUGCCAGUCAUCAAAGUGUCCACCAUGCUGACACCAUUUAUGGUGGUCAUCCUAUCUCCCCUGAUAUUGAUCCACAUGACCCAAUCCAAGGCAAUAUCAUACCCCAUGGUCAUCCUGGCAUACCUCACAGUGGCCGUCAUCAUCGUCAUAGGAGACGUCGGUUACUUUCAAGUCAUAGCUCGGAUGAGACUUAUAAAGAUAUUCAUUCUUUUUCUUUCCUCCCCUGCUUUUUCUUUCCUCCCCUCCUUUUUCUUUCCUCCCCUUCUUUUUCUUUCCUCCCCUUUUUGCUCUCUUUUUAUUUGUCUUUCUUUCAUUCCUUUUUUUCUAAUUGCUUCUCUAUUUUAUUUUCAGCUUUCUCUUUUAUUGUCUGUCUUUUUUCUUCUAUCGCACUCUGUUUUCUCUUUUUUUGCUGCCUGUAUUUUGCAUUUUUUUUCCUUGUUUGUUUUCUUUUCUUCAUACCACAUUUUCCCUCUUUAUUUUUCCCUAAAAGACAUUUUCUGUCAUAUUCUCUUUCUCCUUUUAUUACUUUGCCUCAAUCAGUUCAAUCUUUUCAAUUAUCUGUCUUUUCUCAUUCAGCUGUUUCUAUUCUGCUAUCUUGUCCCAUAAAUCUAUCAUUGCUUUUUUUUAUGAAAUUUUCUUCCAAAGUCAAUUUUUUUUUCUCAAUCUUUUCUAAUUUUUGUCUGCUCUGUAAUUUAGUCUUUGUCAUUUUUUUUCCUUUCUUUAUCUUUUUCUUCUUUUCUUUGCUUUCUAGCUAUUCUUUCUUUUCUUUUUGUUUUCUAAUUUUUCUUUAUUCUUCUUUGCUUUCUAAUUUCUUUUUUUCCUUUUUAUUUUCUAAUUAUUUUAGUCUGCUUCUAUUCCUCCCUCCCUUUCUCAUCUUUUCCAGUUCUCUUUCACGUUUUACUACCCCCCUCUCUCUCUCUCAUCUUCCCCCUCAUCUUUAUAACCUUCUUUCUCUCUACUUCCAGUUCAUUAAAGUUCAAACCAUCUUGUUAUAG